UGAAAACUGAGUCUAGAACUACUGAAUACUCUAGAAUGAAAUUCCACUGCACACAUUCUUCAUUCCAAUCUUUCUUCCUCACUCUCACCUUUUAAAAGAUGCCAUCACCUUACCCUCUCAGAAACCUCACCACCCCAUCACCACCACUUCUCCAUUUUCUUCCUUCAACCCCUUUCACUCUAUCAUUCUUCCACCCUCCAUUAUUCCAUUCCCAUGCCAUGAUGCCUUCAUUUUCUUCCUCUGCAUCUUCAUCUUCUUCUUCACCUUCUCCGUCAACAUCCUCCAACCCCCAACAACACCACGAACAAUAUUCUCAAAACAACCUUAACCAACACCUCUCCCACGUUCUCAAAUACCACAACCAAACCAAGCACAACCUCAACCAUUACGCCCGGGGGCCUCACGGCCUCGACUGGGCCAACCAGCCCAACCCGUUUCGUAGAUACCUCUCCGCUCCUCUCAUCUCUCUUCUCCACCCACAACCACCGUAUCAACCACCGCUUUACCACUCUCUCUUCCUUUCUUUCCCCUCUCCCCACCCCAUUUCCCAAUCCACCGUUUCACAGUUCCUCUUCGAUUCCCUCGCCCUCUCCGCCUGGAAAACCACUGGCUUCUCCACUUGGUCCCUCAGAGUUAACCCCAGUAGUGGCAAUUUGCACCCCACUGAAGCCUACAUCGUUGCCCCACCCAUACCCUCUAUCUCUGAUUCCGCUUUUGUCGCUCAUUAUGCCCCAAAGGAGCAUUCUUUGGAACUCAGAGCCCAAACCCCAUCUGGGUUUUUCCCCAAGUUUUUUCCAACCAAUUCGUUUCUGGUUGGGUUGUCCUCGGUUUUCUGGCGUGAGGCUUGGAAGUAUGGGGAACGCGCGUUCAGGUACUGUAACCAUGAUGUUGGUCAUGCCAUUGGGGCAGUUGCCAUGGCUGCUGCGAGUCUUGGUUGGGAUGUGAAGGUUUUGGAUACCUUGGGGUGUGAGGAGUUGAAGAGGCUCAUGGGGCUUCAUGUUUUCCCUGAUUUUGAGAUUCCGUCGCGUGCUGUUAGAGGGAAGAUUCCAGAAAUUGAGUUUGAGCAUCCUGAUUGUGUGAUGCUGGUUUAUCCGAGUGGGGUUGAUGGAUUUGAUGUUAAUUGGAAGGAAUUAAGUGAAGCUAUAUUGGGGUUUGAUAAGUUGGAGUGGAAGGGGAAACAUAAUUACCUUAGCAAAGAGCAUGUGUGUUGGGAUGUUAUUUAUAGGACUGCUGAGGCUGUGAAGAAGCCUUUGAAAUUGGGGGAUAAGUUCUCGGUUGAGCCGUUUCAGAGGAGUGGUGUUUGUGGGGAGGGUUUUUAUAAGGGGUUAACUAUGAGGGAAGUUGUUAGGAAGCGAAGGAGUGCUGUUGAUAUGGAUGGAGUAACUAAAAUUGAGAGAGAUGCAUUUUAUCAAAUUCUGUUGCAUUGUCUUCCUUCAGGUUGCCUGGGUGGAGGGAGGCAAAGAAGGCAGCUGGCUUUGCCAUUUCGGGCUCUUCCAUGGGAUGCUGAGGUGCAUGCUGCUUUAUUUGUUCAUAGAGUGGUGGGAUUGCCUCAAGGAUUGUAUUUCUUGGUGAGGAAUAAAAAUCAUUUUGAUGAAUUGAAGAAAGCUAUGCUACCUGACUUUUUGUGGACCAAACCAGAGGGCUGCCCGGAUGAGCUUCCACUGUAUGAACUGCUCAGAUCUGAUUGCCGGCAGCUUGUGAAGCAGCUUUCGUGCCACCAGGACAUUGCAAGUGAUGGUUGCUUCAGCCUUGGUAUGUUGGCCCGUAUGGAACCUACUUUGUGUGAAAAGAAUGUCUGGAUGUAUCCACGAUUAUUUUGGGAAACUGGAGUCCUUGGACAGGUGCUGUACCUUGAAGCACAUGCUAUUGGAAUCUCAGCAACUGGAAUUGGUUGCUUCUUUGAUGACCCUGGUAUGAUUCUUUGUUCACCACUGCUUUGAGAACUUUGGUCUGGUGGCCGUUA